CCUUCUAUUCAUCUCACACUCACUCACUAGUCCGUACCACCACCAAAAAUGGCACGUGCACUAAUCCUCCUCUCUCUCACUACACUUCUUCUCUCACUCUUCCCCCUCCCCACAACCCACGCCCAGUCGGCACCGCCACCCACCGCCUCCGGCCCGAUCAACAUCACCGCAAUCCUCGAAAAGGCCAGCCAAUACACCACCUUCAUCCGCCUCCUAAACGAAACUCAGGCAGCCAACCAAAUCAACAACCAGGUCAACAAUUCACAAGACGGCAUGACGGUGUUCGCCCCAACCGACAACGCCUUCAACAACCUGCCACCUGGCUCCCUUAACAAACUCACAAACCAGCAGCAAGUCCAGCUCGUGCUUUACCACAUUUGCCCAAAGUACUACUCUCUUGAAAGUCUGUUGACGGUCAGCAAUCCGGUCAGGACACAGGCCAGCGGGCAGGACAACCAAGUGUUCGGGCUCAACUUCACCGGUCAGGGGAAUCAGGUCAACGUAUCCACCGGAGUGGUCGAGGUGCCGAUCUACAAUGCAUUGAGGAAAGACCCACCGCUCGCGGUUUACCAGGUCGAUAAGGUGCUUCUGCCUAUUGAAUUCUUUCCUCAACAAUCCAAAUCGAAAGCUCCGGCGCCUUCUCCACCUCCGAGUGGUGGUGGCGGUGGUGGUGCCGCCGCAAAACCGCCGUCCACGUCCACGAGCAAUCCCUCCACCAACGUCACGGCUGCCAAAGCCCCAUCUACGAACGAUCCGGCAACCAAUAAUCCCGGGAAUGGAUCCGGAGAGAUGAGUGUAGGGUUGGGAUUGGUGUCUGGAAUUAUUUUGUUGUGCAUGGGACUAUUGUCCUAAUUACUUU